CGAGUGCUCAUCGGAGGCCUCGACUACAGCGGCAAAACCACACUGCUAUAUCUCCUUAGGCUGGGAGAAAUAGUAACGACCAUUCCGAGUAUGGGAUUAAAUGUCGAGAACGUCGAGGUGCCUAUCCUGUCUGGCAAAAAGUUCAAGUUGACAGGUUGGGACGUCGGGGGAGGGUGUGCUGGUCCGAGACAGAUGCGUUCGAUGCUCCGAUUUUAUACGCCAUAUUCAGAGGCUCUCGUUUGGGUAGUGGACAGCUGUGAUAAAGAGCGACUUGCGGAGAGUGUUCAACACCUUUCUGAUGUCCUUUCCGAC